GUCUUUCCUGGUCCACGUAUUGAGAAGAUCACAAAAUUAUCCCCCACUUUAUAGGCUUUGACAGCUUUAUCCAUUAAUCUAAAACAUAUUUUGUCUUAAUUUUCGUGGAUAUUGCUUCAAUGACAACCGGAUGACUUGAGAAAGUUUGAUAUUUUGAUGUCUUUUUGUCGGAUCCAAAAUGUCUUGGUUUACUGAUCUGGCAGGGAGGGCUGAGGACUUUCUCAAUAAAGUGGACCAAGGAGCUGCCACAGCUUUGAGCAAAAGUCAACAGAGAACAUCUUCUUUCUCCUCUCCAUAUGAAGCAGAAACAGGAGUUAAAUCAGAGUUCAAGCCUGAAAUAACUCCAGCACAUUAUACUUCAACACACAAUGCUCAAAGUUUCAUCUCUGCCGCUGCUGGAAAUAUAAAAAAAUCAAAUGCCACUCUUUUGGCUGGGACAGCAAACGUGCCCAGUGCAGCGAGUGGUGGUGCCAGCUCUGUUAAGACUACAACUGGUUUUGUGCGGCCCAAGAAAAAUGACCAGGACGUCAACGAUGACAUGCUUUUUGACUUUCUAAACAGUUCAGAUCCCCCAGUUGGAAACAGAAGAGAUUCAAAACGUGAAAUUAAAGUUACUGUCACUGAAACACUAAGCCCCACUCCUCCCCCCUCUGUUGCUCCCCUCACUGUCCCCUCUGUUGCCCCCCUCACUGUCCCCUCUGCCCCCUCCACACCUCCUUCCACCCGUGGUGUUUCCCGGGCCUCAAGUCUCAGUUCUCUGUCCGCCUUGAGUAUCAAAACAUCAGAAGAAAGUUCCACCAAAGAGCCAGAUCAAGACACUCCAGAAAGUUCAGACUCUGGAUUGGCUCCUCUCCCUCAAGAGCCGAGUCGUCCUGAAGCUCCGCCAACAGAGGAACCCCAGAUUCAUGUCCUGUCUAGCCUUCGCCUUGAGAACCAGCUCCUACGCAGUGAAGUGGCCUCCCUCAACCAGGAGAUGGCUUCAGUCAUUCAGAGAGCAAAAGACCUACAAGAUGAACUGAACCAGUCCCGUCUCCGCGCUGACAAAUGGAACUCAGAACAGUCAGUAACAGAUCGCACUUUACGAGAACUUCGGUCGCAGGUUGAUGACCUCACAGAAGCACUUUCUGCCAAAGACGGGCAACUUGCAGUUUUGAAAGUCAGACUUGAUGAAGCUGAUCAACUCCUUAAGUCUCGUAGUGCAGCCCUGGAGGAGGCACAGAAAGAGAAAUCAAGAAUUAUGCAAGACCACACAGAGGGGAGCAGUAUGCAUUCCCAGGCUCUUGAAACUUUGCAGGAGAGGCUGAGAGAGACCGAACUGUCACUUCGAAGAGAACAGGACGGUUUUCGCCAGAUGCAGAGUGAAUAUGCUGCCCGACUGUCCAAGCUGGAGACUGAGAGACAGACUCUGGCAGAAACUGUGACUGCAUCAGAGCGCCACGCUUCAGAAGAGAAACUCCGGGUUGACAACUUUCAGCAGCAGCUGAAAAGUGCCAAAGCUGCAGCGGAGAGCGCAAAGCAGGAGCUGCAGGAGUACAAACAGAAAGCUGCACGCAUCCUGCAGUCCAAAGAGAAGUUGAUCAGCAGUCUGAAGGAGGGCUCUGGCCUCGACUCUCUGGACGGCGGUGGAGCCAUGGCUUUGGAGCUGGAGGAGCUGCGGCACGAAAAAGACUUACAGAGAGAAGAGAUACAAAAACUACAAGGACAGAUUCUAACAUUAAGGACAGAAGUGCAGGAUUUGGAAAACCAAGCCAUGGCUGAAGCAGAAAGUUGGCAGGAGCAGCAGGUGCAUUUACAGGAGCAGCAGGCAGCACAGAACAGAGUAAAGCAGGAGUUGGAGGCAGAGAUCGAGAGAUACAAACAGGAAGUCCAGUACUUGGAAGAGGACCAGCAUUGUGUUAAAUCUUCUCUACAAAGCCGCAUCAAAGACCGAGAAGAUGAAAUUCAAAAACUCAGGAACCAGCUCACAAACAAGACCAUAAGCAGUAGCCAAACUGAGCUGGAGAAUCGGCUGCACCAGCUGACGGAAACAUUAAUUCAGAAACAGACGAUGCUGGAGGCUUUGGGGACAGAGAAAAACUCUUUAGUGUUUCAACUGGAGCGGCUUGAACAGCAGCUGAAGACAGCACAGGGAGGACAGAGCGGAGGAGCAUCCAUCAACAUGAGCGCUUUGGAGGGGCCAGGUGCCAGGCAGAGAAAUACACCUGUUCUAUUCAGUGACCAAGACAGUCCUGGGGUUUAUGGGAAAGUACGCAAAGCAGCAAGUACUAUUGACCGUUUUAGCAUCAGAUUGGGAAUAUUUCUGAGGCGUUACCCAAUGGCCAGAGUUUUUGUCAUCCUCUACAUGGCUGCUCUCCACCUCUGGGUUAUGAUUGUUCUUCUCACAUACUCGCCAGAAAUGCACCAAAGUUUACCAGAUGGACGAUAGAUGCAAAUAUAUAAAAUGUUUCCUUUUAUGCCUUUUUGGUUGAAGAAUGAUUCAUGCUGCAGAUAUUCAGGCUCUGGGACCCAAUACUCCUGGAUUUGCACAGAAAAUUAUGGAUAAAAUUUCACCUACAUGAGCUCUAUAUAUGACAACUAUUAAAAAAAUUAUUAUUAUUAAUUGAAGAAAAAAGAAUAGAUUGAUGUGGGCAGAUGUUUUAUCUAAGGGCAUAUUUAAAUAGAACUUGAUCUCUUACUUUUGUUUUCUCAUUUCCAGCUUCCAGACAUUUGUUUAUUUUUCAGAUUGUAUUUAACAUCAUGUAAAAUGAAGUCUUUUAAUAAACUAUAAGUGACAUGGGAUAUUU